AGAGGUUGAGGCGCGGCCCAGUGUGGUGGCGGCGAGCGUGCUACAAGCUGCUGGUGGACCCUUCUUCCUUCCCGCCCGUCGGCCACACUCUCUCACUUUUCCUAACCUGAAUCCUGGUGAGAGGGAGAGCGCGGGCCGAAGAGGAGAAGAAGAGAGCAGGAACAGAGAAGUGCCGCGCUGGAGAACCUCACACACACACAAACAUAUUAUAUACACACACAUAAGCAAAAGAAAAUAAGACAAACGUAAGGAGUCUGUAAGAGGCGUCCAUAUAUACAUUACUACCAUACAUACGUGUUAUUUAAUGUGUUAUUUAAGUUAGUGCGCUGGAAAAUGAAUAUCAAGCUAAUAAUUUAACUCCUGAAAAGCCAAGAUGAAGUUACUGAGGCAGAGGAAACGAUAGAGAGAAAGAAAGAUUUUAAUUGUGACUUAAAGACGAAAAUGGAUUGAAAGAAAACAGGAAAGUAAGGAAAGAUAUAGAAAAGAACAGUGAUAGUUUCGACCAUUUAAAAAGUGAAAUAGAAGCCUGAAAACGCCUUCCGUAGAGAGAGAGAGAGAGAGAGAGAGAGAGAAAGUGAAAGGCUUCGUCAAGUCCUGGGGCAACAUCUGAGGCUUGCCAGGACCGACCAUGUCAUCAUCAUCAUCAGCAACGGCAACAACAGCAGCCUGGCCGCUCCUAUGCUGCGGGUUUCUGCUGGCCUCAUGGGCGGGGCUCGCGGACGCUAUCACGGACGGCAGAGGAGGAGGCCUGGAGCUGCGGCUGACGGCCCGGGAGGUGCAGGAGGCCGUUGGGGAGGCCGUCAUAGCCGUGAGGGAGCAGAUAGAGGCCGUGGAGCCCCAUGUUUUUCAUAAUGGCGGGAAACUUGGCCCGGACUCUGCGGCCUACCACUACUAUAGCUUGCUGGGGGGCACGCAGGACACUCGGACCAUUGCCGCGGUGGCCCUCAUAUCCCAGACGGCCACGCACAUUCUGGCAGUCAGACACAACCUGACGGUGGGCCAAGUCUCGCUGGUUCUGCCGCAACACGACACCAUGAAGACGGUGCUGGCCUCGUCCUGCCCCACCCCGCUGCCGCCCUCCUCGUGUCCGCCAUCCAGGCACCGCACCUUGGACGGCACCUGCAACAACCCUGACCAGCCCAGGUGGGGGGCGGCCAACACGCCCUACCUCAGGCUGCUCCCGGCCUGGUAUGCGGAUGGUGUUUCAUCCCCCCGGGCGUCGCUCUCCGGCCACCCGCUCCCCCCGGCGUCCCGUGUGUCCGCCAACGCCCACGCGGGAGGAGUCACCACCCACGCCCACGUCUCCAUGCUGGCGGCUGUGUGGGGACAGUACCUCGCCCACGACCUGUCCCGGCCCAUCGUGGGGGAGGGCGUGAGAGGAGAGAAGCUGCGUUGUUGUGGGCCCAGCGAGACACAUCCUGAGUGCUUCCCCAUCGCUGACCACGACCUCUGUUGGGAGUAUGCCCGCACUGCGCCUGCCACCACUACAGACUGUGCCCUGGGGGUGCGAGAACAGCUGAACGGCGCCACCUCCUUCCUCGACGGCUCAGGCAUCUACGGGUCAUCCAAGAGAGAGAGUGAUGCACUGAGGCUCUUCGAGAACGGCCACCUCAAGACACAGGCUGACUGGUUGCUACCACGCGCCACCUCACACACUUGCAAGGAUGCCAUGAUGUGUUUCCUUGGCGGGGAUCUUCGGCUCAACCUUCACGGUGGUCUGGCGGCGCUGCAGACGAUGCUGGUUCACGAACACAAUCGCAUUGCCUCCGCCCUGUCCGAGCUCAACCCGCAGUGGGGUGACGACACCAUCUUCGAGGAGUCCCGAGCCAUUGUGUCGGCACAGCUGCAGCACAUCACCUACAGAGAGUUCCUGCCUGUGCUGCUUGGUGCCAGGGUGGUUGAGGAGAAUGAGUUGACGCCGCUGGCCGCCGGGUUUUACCACCAGUACGACAUCACCAUUGAGCCGGGCGUGUUCAACUCUGUGGCCACGGCGGUGCUGCGUCUGGUGCUGACGCUGCUGCCCGACGCGCUGAGCCUGGGCGAGGGUGCGGGCCAAGUGCCGUUGGCCAGCACGGCGCUCAACAUGUCACUGCUGUACAAGCCCCGGGCCUAUGAGAUGCUGAUGCGCGGCCUGAUCAGCACCAACUCGCUGACCUUCGACUCAGCUGUCAGCAGCUCCAUGCGCGACUUCCUGGGCGGGCUGGACCUGGCGGCCCGUGCUGUACAGGCCGGCCGGGACCACGGCCUGCCUCCCUACGUGGUGUGGCGCCCCCUGUGUGGCCGCCGGCCCGCCACCGCCUUCGACGACCUGGCGGAUGUGAUGCAGCCGCAGCAGAUUGAUCGCCUGAGGCACGUGUACGCCAACGUGGCCGACGUGGACCUGUUCACCGGGGUCAUCUCGGAGACGCCGGUGGACGGGGCGGUGGUGGGGCCCACGGCUGCCUGCCUGCUGGCCCUACAGUUCAAAGUGCUGCGCCAGACUGACCGCUACUGGUACGAAAACGACCUGCCGCCCUCAGCCUUCAGCAAGGAGCAGCUGUUUGAGCUGCGCAAGUCCUCCGUGGCGCGCCUGCUGUGCGACAACGUGCCGGGCCUGGAGCAGGUGCCACGCACCGCCUUCCUGGCACGUGACCAGUUCCUCAAUGCACCGGUGCCGUGCCGUGACGUGGAGGGUGUGGACCUCGGGGCGUGGAAGACGCGCGGCAAGGUGGUGGUCGCAGAGGACAUCCUGCACAGCGUGGUGGAGAAGGGCAAGCAGGCGGUGGAGCGCCGCCGCCAGAUGGAGAAGCGGGUGUUUGAGAAGGGCCUGGUGGCGGGCUCCAAGUCCUCGCUGGGCUCAGCCUACGCCAACAACAAGCCCAACCCAACCUCGCUGGUGCUGGCCAACACCUCCGUGCUGCUGGAGGCAACCUCCCAGGAGCUGGUCACCAUCAUGCACGACCGACGUGUGCGCCGACAGAUCCAGGGACUUGGCAACGAGUUUGACUCGCUGGACCUCAACCUGCCCUCCGUGGACAUCUCCGGCCUGGUUCCGCCUGCCCCCCUCAUCCGAACCUGCCGGGAGACCGAGGAGCACCGUGCCUGUGAUGCCCGCAGCCGCUACCGCACCAUCAGCGGCCACUGCAACAACCUGCGGCGGCCUGACUUUGGCCGCAGCAACACUGUGUUCGCCCGGAUGCUGCCGGCCGGCUACGACGAUGGCAUCUCUGCGCCACGCACCCGCUCCGUGGCGGGUGACUCCCUGCCCUCACCGCGCACCAUCUCCACCACCAUCCACAACGACAUCUCCCACCCACACGCACGCUACACACUCAUGGUGAUGCAGUUCGGGCAGUUCCUGGAUCACGACAUCACCUUCACACCCGUCAACAAGGGCUUCCAGAACUCCAUCCUGGACUGCAGGGACUGCGAGGCCCAGCAGAGAGUCCACCCAGAGUGCUGGCCCAUCCCCGUGCCGUCCCAUGACCCUUACUACCCGGCCGUCAACAUAUCCUCCGGCAGGCCAUUCUGCAUAGCCUUCACCAGGUCUCUCCCCGGCCAGCAGACUUUGGGUCCCCGCGAGCAGAUCAACCAGAACACGGCCUUCCUCGAUGCCUCCCACAUCUAUGGCCAGGAGCUGUGUGAGGCCCGGGAGCUGAGGGCCGACCAGACGGGCUACCUCAAUGUUACCAGACACCCCAUCCGUGGCAAACCUCUGCUGCCUCAGGAGACAGGGAACCCCGAGUGCAAAGCAGACUCUGGGCGGUGCUUCAAGGCGGGAGACUCCAGGUCCUCUGAGCAGCCUGGCCUGGCUGUGGUGCACACCAUAUGGAUGAGAGAACACAACAGGGUGGCCGACGGGCUGGCUGCGAUCAACGCCCACUGGGAUGAUGAGCGUCUGUACCAGGAGGCGCGGCGCAUCGUGACGGCACAGUGGCAGCACGUGGUAUACAAUGAGUUCCUGCCGAGGGUGCUGGGAUGGAACGCAAUGCAGCUGUACUCCCUCAGGCUCAAGACAGAGGGAUACUAUGGGGAAUACGAUGGUAACUGCAACCCAGGUAUACUAAAUGAGUUUGCCACGGCAGCCUUCCGCUUCGGCCAUUCGCUAAUUCGUCGUUCCCUCCUGCGAAUGGAUACCUCCUUCAGCGAGAGCCAUGGAGGUGUUGAGCUGAGGAAGAGCUUCUUUAACCCUGACAUGCUGCUCGAGUUCCAGAUGAUCGACGAGCUUGUACGAGGGCUCAUAUCCACCCCCAUGGAGACCCUCGACAACUUCCUGACAGAGGAGAUCACCAACCAUCUCUUUGAGGAUGCCACUGUGCCCUUCUCUGGCCUGGACCUUGCUGCCAUGAACAUCCAGAGGGGCAGAGAGCAUGGUAUUCGCACCUACAAUGAGUACAGGGCCGUGUGUAACCUCAAGAGGGCCAGAACCUUUGCCGACCUGAGCCGAGAAAUCAAGCCAGAACUGAUUGAGAAACUGCAGAGGGUUUACCCGAGUGUUGAGGACAUUGACCUGUUCACGGGAGGACUUUGUGAAACGCCGCUCCAGGGAGGUAUCAUUGGACCCACUUUUGGCUGCAUCAUCGGCCUCCAGUUCUCCUUCCUCAGAAAGUGUGACCGAUUCUGGUAUGAGACAUCCAACCCACACCUGAAGUUUAGCGAGGAGCAGCUGGCAGACAUCAGGAAGGUGACCAUGGCCUCGCUUGUCUGCCAGAACUGUGACGUAGUGGAGCAGAUUCAGCGGGGAGUGUUCGACAUGCCACACGACUUUCUGAACCCUCGUGUGCCGUGUGCUGCCGUGCCAUCCGUCAACCUCCAGCUGUGGCGCGACACCUCCACGUGCGUGAUCGGCAGCGAGGCCGUGGGUGUGGGGGAGGUGCGCACACCCACGCCCUGCACCCUAUGUUCCUGUACGCCGGCCGGUCCACAGUGCCAGACGCUUAAGGUCAACUGCUUCGAACUGAGGUCACGUUUCGGGCUGGACGAGAUCCUACGCGACAACGUAUGCCGAGCGCAGUGUGGGAACAUCCUCGACCCUAAUAGACCACCCCAACCCCAGCCCCAACAGCCCCAAUCCAGACCCCAGAACAUUUUCAAUGAAGGGCUGACUCCACCACCUCCUCCCCCUCCUCAGCAGCCCCCCCUCCCCCCGCCGCAGUCGAUUCCACAACGUCCGCGCCCCCCUCAGCCCCCCUUCCAGCCCUCCUCCCCCAUUUUCAGACCCCCGCCCCCCCCGCCGCCGCAAAAUCCCCUGAGGUUCCCGUUCCCAAUCCCUCCCUUCCUCCGCUCCUUAUUCAGUUAGUGUAAUUAUCAUAGUCCUCCUCCUCCUCUUCUUAGUUAAAUGGCCCUCUUAUCUUCCUCUUUGCCCUUGUCAUAUUCCUCCUCUUCCUCCUUCUUUACCUCCUCCUCCUCCUCCUCUUAGGUAUAUGCAAGAGUUAACCCUGCUAGGUACAUUUUUUCUUCUUUUCCCUCCCCUUCCUCCUCCUCCUCCUCCUCCUCCUCCUCCUCCUUACCUAUCCCUCCCUCCCUCCCUCCCUCCUCCUACUCUCCAGCCCUAGCCUAACUAACACUCCGUCCAACUCUAGUUCCGUCCAUCUAUAAAUAAUUCCGUCCAUAACUGCUACCAUGCAAUCCGUCCCUAUAAAUAUACAUACGUUGAAUUGGCUGUUUUUGGUGUGAUUUUCUGUUGAGAGUUUUAUUACUACUACUACUAUUAUUAUCAUUAAUAUUAUGGGUGUCGUCGGUGCCUCGUACAUAUAUUAUACUAUUAUUACAAACGAGCGUUGUCAUAUGUGGCGAGCGAGCGAGCGAGUCAGUUGUUCUUUAUUAUUUUUUUUUUGUUUGGGUUCUGUCGGUUGCACGAGUCCAUUUAGAUGCAUUCCAAACGUCCGUGUUUUUAAGUUCCUCAGAAAACCCUUUGGAAGUAUGUAUUUAGAGGCACUAACACAAGAAAAUGGCAGAGUGUAUGCUAUAAUAAAAGGUUUCUGUGCUAAGAAUACUAAGUCCGUGCAUUCAGAUCCUCUUUGGAAUCUUUAAGAGCCUUUUAAUGCAUUCAAAGCCCAUGUCAUGAAGGAUUCUGCAUGUUAGAACCUACUUAAUACACUCAAAUCCCUUAUAGUCUAUUCAAAUCCUGUUAUGAAAUAUUUUGCACAUUAGAACCUGCUAAGUAGAUUCAGAACCUCUGCAACCUAUUCCAAUCCCAUUGCAGAUAAUUUUGCACAUUAGAACCUGCCAAAUACACUCAAAUCCCUUAUCAAUUCAAAUCCCCUAUAGUCUAUUCAGCUCCCCUAUUAUGAAGUAUUUUGUACAUUAGAACCUAUUAAAUAGAUUCAGAUCCCAUACCGUCUAUUCCGAUCCUUUAUGACAAGGGUUUCACGCAUCACCACCAGUCAAGUACAUUAAUUUCUUAGGUUCGGGAGCCAAGAAAAAAGGGUUCCCACGCCACACGCUCGCCGCCCCGUCGUCCGUCCUUCCAACAUGUGAAUUACCAUAAUCUAUAAAUACCAAUACAAGAGAAAGAAUUGUUUUAGUCUUAGUAUUAUUGUGAUUAUUAAUGUCAUGAUCGCACACAACUUCUCGGUCUGGACUCGCUGCCCUGUAUACUAAACCUGAUCCCCUAUCCCUUCCUUCCUUCCUCCCCUUUGAUAUAACACUGAGUGAGCUCCCAAGCGCCAUAUAUAUAGUCCUGUAGCCCUGGCAUCCGUGUUCUGUGUCUCUGUCUGUGUCCAUGUUCGUGGCGUAGCUGAAUACACCCAUAGCACCAAUAGCAUCCAUAGCUCUCCCUUCCCAGGCCAUAGACUUUAGAUUAUGAGCUUUUUGUCAACCACUUCUAUGGGUUAAUGGCUUCCAACUUAUUGAUUUUGCUCUUUUAAUAAAGCUCUCCCUUUCUAAAACAUUAGAACAUAAGAACAUAAGGAGUCUGCAAGAGGCUGGUUGGUCUAUACAAGGCAGCUCCUGUAAAAAUAAGUCAUUGCAAGUGAAGUCUCUGGAAUUUAACAAAGGAAAAAUGUAGCAUAGAAGUCUUACCAUUGUGUUAUAAGUUUGCAUUGAGUGACACUUUCAAACCAAGGAGAUAAAAUAAUUGCAAGUAAAGUAGUAUAUAUGUGGAAUUUAACAAGGGCAAAAAGUAUGUACCAUAGAAGUCUCACUAUUGUGUUAUAAGUUCGCGUUGAGUGACACUUUCAAACUAAGGAGAUGAAAUAAUCGCAAGUGAAGUAGUAUGUGGAAUUUAUCAAGGGCAAAAAGUAGCAUAGAAGUCUUACCAUUGUGUUAUAAGUUCAUAUUGACUGACACUUUCAAAUCAAGGAGCUGAAAUAAUUGUAAGUAAAGUUAAAUGUCGAACUUAACAAAGGCAAAACAUAGCAUGGACUCCCCUACCCUAUUUUUACAUUUCAUAGCAAGGGAGACGUUAAAAUAUGACCUUGUAGUGUGCAGCGAAUAUACUUCAAUCUCAACACUUAAAUCUCAAGGGAAGGUGCAAUUUCUAACUAGCUAUGGCCAUCGACACGAACACAGCCAGAUAGACACAUAAAAAUGGAUUGUCAGAAAACGUAUAUACCCACCCCCUCCUUUUCUUCCCUUCCCACUUAGCGCCUCACUAAAUGCAAAUAUGUAAUACCGAGUGUGAUACUGUUGUCAUGGAGUUCUUAGUUACUUAAUAUAUUGUAGUAGUGUUAAGAGAUCAAGGCCCAUAUUCUCAGAUGGUUUAGGCUCACACAACUACUAUUUCUCAAAGCCACAGAGGAGAUUAGCCAGGUUCUCAUGACUGUUUUUUCACAUUCAAUAUAUAUACAGAAGCCUUGUCAAUCUAUCACUAGGCUCAUGUAACAAACUAACACACAUUCCCAGAUGCUUAGGGCUCUCAAAACCUCUAUUUCUCAAGGCCUCAGAAGAGAUUAGCCGGGUUCUCUUGAUUGUUUCUGUGCAUUCAAUAUAUAGAGGCCUUGUCAAACUAUCACUAGGCUCAUGUAACAAACUAACACACAUUCUCAGAUGCUUAGGGCUCUUAAAACCUCUAGUUCCCAAGGCCACGGAGGAGAUUAGCCGGGUUCUCUUGAUUGUUUCUAAGCAUUCACCAUACAGAAGCCUUAUCAAACUAUCACUAGGCUCAUGUAACAAACUAACACACAUUCCCAGAUGCUUAGGGAUCUCAAAACCUCUAUUUCUCAAGGCCACGGAGGAGAUUAGCCGGGUUCUCUUGAUUGUUUCUGAGCAUUCACUCUACAGAAGCCUUGUCAAACUAUCACUAGGCUCAUGUAACAAACAAACACACAUUCUCAAUUGCUUAGGGCUCUCAAAAACUCUAUUUCUCAAGGCCACAGAGGAGAUUAGCCGGGUUCUCAGGAGUGUUUUUCCUCAUUCAUUAUACAGAAGCCUUGUCAAUCUAUCACUAGGCACAUGUAACAAACUAACACACAUUCCCAGAUGCUUAGGGCUCUCAAAACCUCUAUUUCUCAGGGCCACAGAGGAGAUUAGCCGGGUUCUCAGGAGUGUUUUUCCACAUUCAAUAUACAGAGGCCUUGUCAAACUAUCACUAGGCUCAUGGAACUAUACUGAACUAACACACAUUCUCAUAUGCUUAGGGCUCUCAAAAGCUCUAUUUCCCAAGGCCACAGAGGAGAUUAGCUGGGUUCUCAGGAGUGUUUCUAAGCAUUCACUCUACAGAAGCCUUGUCAAUCUAUCACUUUCUUAUGUACCUACUGAACUAACACACAGAACCCCACUGAAAGCCUUGGCAAAUGUGGGUUUUGUGUGUGUAUGUGGCCUCUAAUGAGUGUUUCUAAGCAUUCACCAUACAGAAGCUUUGUCAAACUAUCACUAGGCUUAAGGAACGACUAAACUAACACAUGGAACCCCUAGAAAUGCCUUAGAAAGUGUGGGUAUGUGUAUAUGUAUGUGUGAGCUCUGAAAUGUUUGAGAAUCUGGGCCUUAUAGUAAGUCCAUCCUGUCCCAUCCCUGUCUCCAAACUGUAGCCUUUGUAUUUAGUCCAAUAUGCUAAGUUAUUUAUCCAACCUAGGCUGUCCUGUGUGUGUGAGUGUGUGUGUAUGAGAGAGAGAGAGAGAGAGAGAGAGUGUUCUAAUUUAUAUUCAAUGGAAGUAAUAGAUAAGAUUUUACUGUAUUAUUAUUAUUAUUAUUAUUAUUAUUAUUAUUAUUAUUAUUAUUAUUAUUAUUAUUAUUAUUAUUAUUAUUAUUAUUAUUAUUAUUAUUAUUAUGUUUAUGAUUAUUAUUUUAUCUGAAGCUUCAUUGUGUAUGUAAUAUUAUCUUAUAUAUAUAUUCCUCCUCCUCCUCCUCCUCCUCCUCCUUUAGGCAGCCUCACCUCCCUUCCUUGUGUAAAUAGCAAAGUGUGUGUGUGUGUGUGUGUGUGUGUGUACCUAUAUAUUGGUGGAAUGAAAUAUGGUGACGGACAGAGAGAGAGAGAGAGAGAGAGAGGGGUUGUAUGCUGUAGUUCUAGAUUUCUUUCCUCUCUCUCUCUCUCUCUCUCUCUCUCUCUCUCUCUCUCUCUCUCUCUCUCUCUCUCUCUCUCUCUCUCUCUCUAUAUCUCU